GCCUCCGUAACGUUACGGUUUCAGUCAUACCCUGAGUGAUGCGCGACCAGCCAGCACCACCCCUCACAAAUCUGAAACGGAGGUGACUUGACCAGCAUAUGAAAUUCUCCAGGCACCCGGAGGAGCGGUGGAUGGAUGCUGUUCGUUCAGCCUGUGGAUGUGUCCUCAGCGUCGGUGCUAACAACGGGGCGGUCAUUGCCUGGAGCAAACAGUAGAGCUGCUCUGCCUACCUACGGAUAUCAGAUCAAACCAAUAACAAUGCAUGGCCUGUAAGCCGCCAAUCAUGGCUCAUAGGAAGAGGCCAGGGACCAGUGGAGGAAACAGUAUGGCCGCUCCAGGCCCUGUCUCCUGUCCCACCCCUCAUCCUACAGAGCCAUGUGAUCUGAAAACACUCCCCCCUCGGCAACGCCCAGUCCGCUACCCCAAAGAGUCACAUGAUCCGAAACCCCUCCCCCGUUCCUGUAAGGCACAAUAUUCUUCUCCCAAGUCUCAAGACAUUGGUCGCAAUCAUUCGGACGUGGAUGUAGACACAGAGGUUGAAGUGAAGCGGUACAGCAACCAAGCAGAUGCAGAACUGGAGGAUCAGCGGCCAGCAACACCCUCCACGCCAGAACAUGAACAUGACCAAGAUGACCAUGAACAGGCGGACUUCCACGGUGGAGGUGACAGCCUUGAUGAUGACUCCAGCUCUGACUAUAUCAACAACACCUCAGAUGAUGAGGAAGAUUAUGAUGACGGACUGGCAGAGGAAGACGAGGGUGUGACUUACUAUAUCCGCUACUGCCCAGAGGACGACAGCUACCUGGAAGGUAUGGAUUGCAGCAGCCAGGGAGAAUGCAACCACAGCCACAGCCACAGCCAGGGGGACUGUGCGAGCACCAUGCAACCAGUUGGACCCGACACUGAUGAAUGCCAGGAGGCUGUGGAAGGAUGGGUUGAGGAAGGAGAGGCUGAAGGGGAGGUGAGAGAAGAGGAAUGGGUGGAAGAUGAGGAGGGAGAGGGAGCAGUGAGGGAAGAGUGGAGAGAAGAGGAGGAAGAAGUGAGGGAAGAGUGGAGAGAGGGAGAUGAGGAUGCGAGGGAGGAAUGGAGAGAGGAGGGCCAGGUAAUGCAGGAGCAGUGGGUGGGACGAGAGAGGCACAGGGUGGAGGAGUGGGCUGAGGGAGAGGGAGAGGUUCGCUGUGAGGUGGUGGAGCAAGAUCCAGAUGAGCAGAUAUACAAUGGAAGACCAGAACCCAUCCUAGACCAUCACCAUCAUCACCACCUCCAACCCUCCCUGCAAGACACCCUGUGCACCCAAGACGAUGAGGAGGAGGCAGAGAGCGAGGAGUACUGCCCUAAUGAGGAAGAAGACGAGGAAGGUGAAGAGGAGGAGAGACAUGGAAGGGCCUACACUGGAGACUACUAUGCCCCAGAGGACAAUGGGAACUCAGUGCGAGUCUCUCCGUACCGUGGCCGUAAAGUGCUGGUGGUAGAGGGGGAGACAGGGGAGGAGGCAGAGGAGGACAUUGACCAAAUUGUUGCUGAGAUAAAGAUGAGUAUGAGCAUGGGGAGUCUAAGCAGUGGUACUGACCAAAGCCCAGAUGAGCUGGCGCAGGACCCUGCACCAAGUGACUACCCUCAUGCCAAGCCUGACGCAGCCCCCUACCCACCAGCUCAUCACCGCCAUGACAGCAGGCCCAAGUCCCUGAAUCUCCCCUCCAUGCACCACAACAACCCUGACAUCCAGAGGGCCAUCAAGGCACAUCCACGUUCCCCUGAAGACAGGCAGAGAUGGGCACAGGAGCAGGUGAGCAAUGGUGCAGAGCAACCCAGAAAACAGCAGCGCUCCGACCUCAACGUUCCCCUGGAGAACAACAAUGUACCAGAGCCAACAAAGAAGGUUGCAUCGUUCCCAAGCUUUGUCGAUGUCCCAGGACCCUGCGAGCCAGAAGACCUGAUUGAUGGAAUUAUCUUUGCUGCUAACUACCUGGGCUCCACUCAGCUGCUCUCUGAGAGGAACCCUUCCAAGAACAUACGCAUGAUGCAGGCCCAGGAGGCUGUCAGCAGGGUCAAGAGGGUACAGAAGGCUGCCAAAAUCAAGAAAAAGGCGAGUGCAGACGGAGAUGCUCAAACCCUCACUGAGGUUGAUCUGUUCAUCUCCACCCAGAGGAUCAAAGUCCUCAACGCAGACUCACAGGAAACGAUGAUGGACAACGCACUCCGUACUAUAUCCUACAUCGCUGAUAUUGGGAACAUCGUGGUCCUGAUGGCAAGACGCCGGAUGCCACGCACAGCCUCACAGGACUGUAUUGAAACUACGCCUGGGGCACCCGAGGCAAAGAAGCAGUACAAAAUGAUAUGCCAUGUCUUCGAGUCUGAGGAUGCCCAGCUUAUCGCUCAGUCCAUCGGCCAGGCGUUCAGCGUAGCUUACCAGGAGUUUCUGAGAGCCAAUGGCAUUAAUCCUGAGGACCUGAGCCAGAAGGAGUACAGCGACAUUAUCAACACCCAGGAGAUGUACAAUGACGACCUCAUUCACUUCUCCAACUCUGAAAACUGCAAAGAGCUGCAGCUGGAGAAGAGUAAAGGGGAGAUCCUAGGUGUGGUCAUCGUGGAGUCCGGCUGGGGCUCCAUUCUGCCCACAGUUAUCUUAGCCAACAUGAUGAACGGCGGGCCAGCGGCUCGCUCUGGCAAACUCAGCAUCGGAGACCAGAUCAUGUCCAUCAACAACACCAGCCUCGUAGGGCUGCCACUCGCCACCUGUCAGGGAAUCAUUAAGGGCUUAAAGAACCAGGUCCAGGUGAAAAUGAACAUCGUCAGCUGCCCUCCUGUUACCACUGUCCUCAUUAAGAGGCCAGAUCUGAAGUAUCAGCUGGGCUUCAGUGUCCAGAACGGCAUUAUAUGCAGUCUGAUGCGAGGAGGUAUCGCUGAGCGAGGUGGAGUCCGUGUGGGUCACAGGAUCAUUGAGAUCAACGGGCAGAGUGUGGUGGCCACAGCACAUGAGAAAAUCGUCCAGGCCCUCUCGAACUCUGUUGGCGAGAUUCACAUGAAGACUAUGCCGGCGGCCAUGUUCAGACUUCUAACAGGACAGGAGACACCUUUGUACAUAUGAACGAUGGCCAGGGACCGUUUCCCAUGACGGGCUGUCAGCCGUGAUUGGUUAUCUUACAGGGCAAACCAAGCUGACCGGUGACCGGGGGGGAGGACGGCUUCUCCCUGUCGAUUUAUUUCUCUCUCUUUUUUUUUUUCUUUUCUUUGAGCUGAUGACUUCAAAUCUUCAUCUCUCCCUUGUCUGUGCUUAUUAACAUGCAAUGGCCAUUUUAUUGACAUGAGACGCUUUUUCCAUCUUUAGAGCUGAAGAGACAGCGUGUGUAUGUAUGUAUGUAUGUGUGUGUGUGUGUGUGUAUGUUUGUGUGUACGUGUGCGUGAGUGGAUAAUGUUUGUUAUUUAUUUGUCCUGUCUGUGCUUUUCUGUGUGUGAUCGUGUGUAUGGACUUAUCGAGUGACUGCAUCACAAUUUGUUUUUUUUAUAUUCAUGUAAUGGAAUAUGAUACUUCUACUAUACUUCUUGUAUAGUUUCAUUUUCUUCUCUGUUUAUUUAUUUGUCAUGUAAAUACAUAUUUGCUAAUAUUGUAACUGAAGGCAGUGGGGAGGGAAGGGCCACAGCUGCAUUGUAAAUAUUUAUUGAAUCUUGCUGUUGAAUUGAAAGCAGGCCUUGAUGAUGGCAAAGACACAAUUAAAUGCCGGAUAUUGUAGUGGUUGCCAGUGAAAAAGGGGAAUUACUUUAGUGUUUGAAAUGUUGGUAAGUUGAUAUAUAUUAUGUACAUGUGAAUCAAACCAGUGCUUGCAGCAGGGGUUUAUGGGAGAAACGCCAUAUCCUUUUGAUUUACGUCAUUUUACGGCAAUACACAAGUUCAACCUCUGAAUGGUCUUUUCUAAAUCUCAUGUACAAACAUUCACACAUUUAAAUAACAAGCAACUGAAUUACACUUCUAACAUGCAUUAAUUAUGCUUUUGAUAUCAAAGUCACAUGUAUGAAAAAUGAAGUUUCUUUUGCGUGCUACUCUACUGUAUGUUCAUCUUUAGUGUUCCUGACUGAAACUCAUGAAUACUAUGAGUGGAUUGUGAAUGUAACUGUGUUGUGUGAGCUGUCCCAUUGCCAUAAGCAGUAUUAGAAUGUCUGUACAUAAAGAUUAACGUGUCUAGUAUUGUGCUCAUGUUAAAAAAAACUAAACAAAACACACAGGUUUAGUCACAUCUUCCCACCUGUAUGUUGGCUUUCAGUCUUGAGAGGGAAAGAGAGAACUGUGAAUCACACACUGUGACAGAAAAAAGCCUUACAGCAGAGUAAUGGCUUUACAAUGCAUCGUAGUACAAUUUUAACCAUAUGAACAUUAUCUGUGUGCAUGCUUCGUAAAGUAGUAUCAUGUCAUUGUGGCAAGAUAAUAAAACCUGAGCUAAACCUGG